AUGGUUACACGUGAAGAAGAACCAUUAAAAGACCAAGUUAAAAAUAAGAAAAAGAGUUUAAAGGAAAAAAUUGCUUACAUAAAAGAUAACAUAACUCUAGAACCUGUUUUGGCUGGUUACGUUAUACCAGGAGUAUUAUCAAGACUUGCAACUCAAAACCUUAACCUAGAUAAAGCAUGUCGGGUGAACUUAAAGUAUGGGGAUGCCGUCUGCGAUGCUCUUAUUGCAAAAGAAGGCAACAUGUAUCAAAAAGAAGAACUAAACAUUCAAGAGUUAAUCGCGUCGAUGGAGACUUGGAAAAAUAUUAUAUUAACUGCGCUACCCAGUUUCUUAAUUUUGUUUUUGGGCGCUUGGAGUGAUAGAACUGGAAAAAGAAAGAUAUGUAUUUUACUACCUAUUGUAGGUGACCUGCUUGCGUGCUUAAGUAAUAUACUCAAUGCCUACUUUUUUUAUGAACUGCCAGUUCAAGUUACAAUGUUCUUUGAGGCAUUUUUUCCAGCUAUUACAGGGAGUUGGAUAACAACAUACAUGGGUGCUUUUAGUUAUAUUAGUGAUAUAUCUAGUGAAGAAACAAGGACGUUUAGAGUUGGCAUAGCAAACUUAUGUCUUACAGCCGGUGGACCUAUAGGAACUGCAUUAAGUGGAAUAUUAUUAAAAUAUAUUGGCUAUUAUGGGAUUUUUACAUUAAGCUCAAUACUGUAUGUAUGCAGCAUAUGUCACGGUAUAUUUUACAUUAAAGAUCCGCAAAGGAAAAUACAAGAUAAGAAAUCCGAGGAGAAGCCAUUUAAUUUAUGGGCAUUUUUAAAAUAUUUCUUUGAUAUCAAACAUGUCAACGAUACUCUAACAGUAGCUUUCAAAAAUGGUCCAAAUCAUCGAAGAAUAAAGUCUAUCUUGGUUCUUGCAUCUAUUGUUUUUAUAUAUGGACCCGCUCACGGAGAAUUUACCAUUCGAUAUCUCUUUACUCGAUAUCGUUUCAAUUGGGAUGCCGUCAAGUUUAGUUUCUACAGCACUUUUUACACUUGUAUACAUGCAUUUGGAGCACUAAUUUCAAUAAGUAUUUUUAGCAGAAAAUUAAAAUGGGACGAUUCUGUGUUAGGUUUAAUUUCCAACCUCAGCAAAAUCGUUGGAGCCUUGGCCACAGGUUUGGCUAGAAAUAGCUUGGAGAUGUACUUGGCUGUUGCAAUAGAGAUGUUUAAUGCGACAGCAUUUACAGCAUUAAGAUCUAUCUCAUCUAAACUUGUAACGAGUGAAGAAUUAGGAAAAAUGAUAUCUUUUUUCAAUUUAAUGGAGGUGGUAACGUCAAUGAUUUUUGGGCCCUCUUACUCGUGGAUAUACAUGAUGACUCUAAAAGUAGAUGCCGGGAUUGUGUACUAUAUAAGCACUGGGCUGACAGUUCCACCUAUUUUAAUUUUUGGAUGGUUUUUCAUGCAACAUCGAAAGGGUAUAAGAAGACAAAAAUGUAAAGAAUCUAAAGAUAAAGGUGAUCAAAAUGAUGAAACAAACAAAGAAGACUUCCUGUUUAGCAGCAUAGAUUUAGCAGAUAAAAAAAUAUUUAUGGAAUGA